ACUAAAUUUAAAGUCGCAGUCAACGUGCAUAGACAAAGCUACAUCAGUCACCUAAUCCGGUUUCUUGCGAUCACGUAUAUGACUAUUUCUCGGAUUUGUAAAAGAAAUAUCAUUAGUAUCGUAAAAAAGCAAGCUGAUAUUGCUUCUUUCUUAGUUAAGAAGAACGAACUUCAUCUACUUUUCGCAAAGAAGAAGACUUUACUAUGCCACCAAAGCGUACUGCAAAAGCAAAGGCUGAUUCCUCUAAAGCUAAAUCUGAAAAAAAGAUAGAUGUAAAAGAAACUUCAAAAAAAAAGCGAGUAACUGAUGCAAGUGAUGAACCUGCAUCAAAGAAGGCAAAAACUGAAUCAAAGGAAUCCAAGAAAACGAAUAAUGAAACCAAACCAGUUGCUAUAAAGAAAGGAAAGGAUGAACCCAAACAGAUACUGAAUAAAACCGAUACAAAUUUGAAUGAGAUAGAUUUUGAUUGUAUGAAGUCAAAUGAAGAAGGAAAAAAAUACAAUUUAAAAAUUUGCACUUGGAAUGUUUCUGGAAUCAGAGCUGUUAUUAAAAAAAAUGGAAUAGAUUACAUUGCAAAGGAAGAUGCAGAUAUUGUAGCUUUGCAAGAAACAAAAUGUGAUAAAGAUAAAAUGCCAGAUGAAAUUAAACUAUCUGGAUAUCAUCAUUAUUUUCUUGACAGUAAAAAAUCAGGUUAUUGUGGAGUUGCUUUGUUUUGUAAGGAAAAGCCAAUUUCUGUGAAAUAUGGUUUAAACAACUCUGAACUUGACAGUGAGGGGAGAAUGAUUGUUGCAGAAUUUCCAGAAUUUUUCAUAGUCAAUAUUUAUGUACCAAAUGCUGGACAGAAACUAGUGACACUACCAAAACGAUUGGAAUGGAACAAGAUAUUUAAGAAAUAUAUUGAAGAAUUGGAUCAAAAGAAACCUGUUAUUAUAUGUGGUGAUAUGAAUGUGGCUCAUCAAGAAAUAGAUUUAAAAAAUCCAAAAACUAAUGCUAAAAAUGCUGGAUUUACCAAAGAAGAACGAGAUGGUAUGACUGACUUUUUAGCUGCUGGAUUUAUAGAUACAUUUAGGGCAUUAUAUCCUGAUACGGAAGGCGCGUAUACAUUCUGGUCAUAUUUCGCCAAUUCGCGCAAUAAAGAUAUUGGAUGGAGACUUGACUAUUUCUUGGUAUCAGAACGGAUCAAGAAUAAAGUAUGCGAUAAUAUUAUAAGGAAGCAGGUGUAUGGCAGUGAUCAUUGCCCUGUAAUACUUUAUGCUAAUUUGUAAUGAAUAUUGGAUUAUGUUCUAUGAUGCACAGAGAUGUCAUAGUAGAAACUCUUCUUACAAAUGGAAGCAUUAAUAUGCAAAUAAUUACUUUUUUAUCGUGUGUAUGUAUUUGAUUCAUAUAUUUUAAUACUAUGUAAGAUGUUUUACAAAAUAUAUCCAUCAUAAUUUAAUAUUGAUCAGGUAAGAUGAACUUAAUAGGCUUAUUUUACAUGUUGUAACAUAAUAAAUAUUUUACUAUAAUCCUAA